AUGGAUUCCGUCAAGAACGCUGCCAACUUCGUCGGUGACAAGGUCAACGAGGCCACCUCCGGUGCUUCCAAGGAGGCCAACAAGAACGUCGCCAAAGACUCUGACGCGUCUCUGGGAACUCGUGCCUCUGCUGCGAAGGAUGCUGCCGGUGACAAACUUGACGAGAGCAAGAGCUCUGCUUCUGCCGAGGGCAACAAGCAGGCUGCUACUCACUAA